GUUGAAAAUCUCUACUUAGGGCAUUUUCUUUCUUUGUUUCUUUUGUAAUCCAGUUUUAUGCACUUACCACACGUUUCCUCAUCUUAAACCCUGCAAUGCAAUCUUUCCAAAGCAGCGCAGAAUCCCCUUUUCCCAUUAUGGGUACCCAGAUCAUCAAUUCAUCUUCUUCACCUUCUUCCUUGAGAGGUCUGUACGGGUGGCUCUUUGACUGCCAUGGGGUUUGGAACAACUUGGUUCUUCUCGUCUCCUCACUUCUCUUUGUGCUCUACCUGGUGUUUCAAGGCAAGAAGAGCUUACAGAAGCUCUCCCAUGCCAGGUCUUCCAUCAUGAUCGCCUAUUACGUUUGCCUUUGGGUCAUUAGCUUGCUCAAUCUUGCUUGGUGUUCUCUUCAGGUUUGUGGGGGUCUAAAUUUUGUUUCCUUGGUGUUUCCAAUUUUUGAAUUUCUUGGAUCAAUUUAUAGUUUUGUGCGUGGUGCAAAAAUUUUUGCUUGUUAGUUUGUUAUUGCAGUCUCUGUGGUCUUUGAUUUCUUCUUAAUUGUCAAAUAGACUUUCUUAGUUGUUUCUAGUAGGUAUAGAGAUAUCUUAGAAAUAAAUCAUUGAUUUUUGCUAAAUUGGAAUGAAAUCUGGCUGUCUCCUGUUCACUAGCCUGCCUAAGCUUGUUGGGUCUGUUUUAAAGCCAGCUAGCAUUUGAUUCAUUUUGUUAAUAAUAGGUCUAUUACUUAGUCAAUCUUUUCGAUUAGCGAGGUACUUUUUUGUUUAUGAGAUGGAUUUAAGAUAAGAAGCUCCUGAAUUCUGGAUUCAGAAUAUGUAAUUGUUAAGUAUGAUAGAAGCAUGCUUAAUGUUUGAUUAGAAUAUGGAAAUAAGGUUUGUUCUAUGCU